AUGAAUUUUGACGGAGCAUGUGAUUCAAAAAAUGGUCUAAGUGGGCUGAGAGUAAUUUUCAGGGACUGUCAAGGAGUUAUGAAGGGAGCAAUGGCAAUUCCACAAGUGGGGAACCUCCCACCAAGAUCGAUGGAAGCCUUGGCCUUACUACAUGGUCUCUGUUUCACAUUGCAUGUGGGAUUUUCCAACAUCGAAGUUGAAAGUGAUGCACUCUCGGUUAUUAACAGUUUUAAUGAUAGUUUUGAGGGACAUAUUAUUGAUGAAGUCAAGUGUUUAGUUCAGUCUUUUAAUAGUUGUAGAGGCCACUUUGUGAAACGGGAAGGCAAUAAAAUAGCUCACCAUUUAGCAAGGGAAGACUUGAAAAUCAGUCAAUCUUUUCUUUGCUUAGAGUUGGGGCCUGAGUGGCUCCAUCAGUGUGUCAACGUGGACUUUCAGUGUGAAGUCUAG